AUGUCACUCGCACCGCCCGGGGAGCCGCUGGAGCCCGAAGUGUCGCAUCCUCAGAAGCGCAUACGAUGGGCCACCCACCGCGCAACCGGCGACAAGGCUGCCAACAAGCGCCACUCGCUCAAGCAACGCCUGCACAAGCGCAUUGGCUCCGGCAGCGAGAAGCGCGACUCCAUGGGCAAAGAAGCUGGCUUGAACGCCGACCACUCGCCCGACAGCUCAGAUGCAGGCUCCGAGGAGCAGGACUCGGGGCGCAGGGUCUACUUCAACGUGCCCUUGCCCCAGACGGAACGCGACGACGACGGCCACCCUCUCGCUCAAUACGCACGCAACAAGAUAAGAACGGCCAAAUACACGCCCCUCAGCUUCGUGCCCAAGAACCUGUGGUUCCAAUUCCACAACAUCGCAAACGUUUACUUCCUGUUCAUCAUCAUUCUAGGCAUCUUCUCCAUCUUUGGAGCCUCCAACCCCGCCCUCAACGCCGUGCCGCUCAUUGUCAUUCUGGUGGUGACUGCGAUCAAAGACGCAAUAGAGGAUUGGCGGAGAACGGUGCUGGACAACGAGCUGAACAACGCCCCAGUCCACCGGCUCGUCGACUUCAACAAUGUGAAUACGGCCGAGAAUACCGUCUCGCUAUGGCGAAAAAUCAAAAAGGGUACCACCAAACUGAUCAUCACGACAUGGAGGGCGAUCAACAGUGCGAAGAAAGGCAAAAAGGGCAAAGAGGACGGUGAGCUGGCUCAUGAUGGCUCGCGGCCUUCCAUCGAUACGCGAAGGGCGUCCGUCGCCACACGCAGAGAGUCUUAUCUCGACGCCCAGGAGGCCAUACAGAUGACACCCGUCCCAUCACCGCUUACCGGACAAUCCCCAAGUCAUUCCCCACCACGCAGUCACGGCCCCGGGGACAACGACAAGGUGCGAGGAGCCGAUAGCAAAGGAACAGGACAGAAGAAAUUCUGGGGAAGUGUAUUGAACCCCUACAAGAGAUCCCCGGAGAAAGCACGGUUCAAGAAGGAUGCCUGGAAGAAUGUACAAGUCGGAGACUUUGUGCGUUUGUACAACGACGAAGAAAUUCCCGCCGACAUUGUGGUCUUGUCGACAUCCUCCGACGACGGUGCCUGCUACGUGGAAACCAAGAAUUUGGACGGCGAAACCAACUUGAAAGUCCGCAACGCCUUGCACGCUACACGUGAUGUCCGACAUGCGCGACACUGCGAAGGUGCAGAAUUCAUCAUUGAGAGUGAAGGUGCCCACUCGAACCUCUACUCCUACAGUGCCGUUCUCAGGUGGCAGCAACACAAUGCCAAAGAUCCCGAAGCACCGGCCUACGAAAUGGCCGAGCCCAUCUCCAUCAACAAUCUGCUGCUGCGUGGCUGUCAGUUGCGCAACACGGAGUGGGUUCUCGGUGUCGUCGUGUUCACGGGCGAGGAAACGAAGAUUAUGAUCAAUUCUGGUAUCACGCCUAGCAAGCGGGCCAGAAUCUCAAAGGAACUCAACUGGAAUGUCAUUUACAACUUCAUCAUCCUGGCUCUCAUGUGUCUGGUCUCUGGAAUUGUACUUGGUGUCACCUGGGCUCGCGAUGACACUUCUCAUCAAUUCUUCGAAUUCGGAUCCUAUGGUGGUGCUCCUGCCACAGAUGGUGUCAUUGCUUUCUGGGCUGCUGUCAUCCUCUUCCAAAACUUGGUUCCCAUCUCCCUCUACAUUACCCUCGAAAUCAUUCGUACCCUUCAGGCUCUCUUCAUCUACAGUGAUGUACAAAUGUACUACGAGAAAAUCGAUUACCCUUGCACUCCAAAGUCCUGGAACAUUUCCGAUGACGUUGGACAGAUCGAGUACAUCUUCUCCGACAAGACGGGAACGCUCACGCAGAAUGUAAUGGAAUUCAAAAAGUGCUCCAUCAACGGUGUGCCGUACGGAGAAGCAUACACUGAAGCGCAAGCGGGUAUGCAGCGAAGGCAGGGCGUCAAUGUUGAGGUCGAGGGCGCACGCGCUCGGGAGCAAAUUGCGCGGGAUCGUGUGCGAAUGAUUGAAGGAAUCAGGAAAAUGCACAACAACCCCUAUCUCUGGGACGACGAACUCACCUUUGUGGCACCAGACUACAUUGAUGAUUUAGCGGGAGAAUCGGGGCCUGAGCAAAAGGAAGCCAACUUGAACUUUAUGAUUGUCUUGGCUCUUUGUCACACUGUGGUCACUGAACGUACGCCUGGUGACCCGCCGAAAAUCGAGUUCAAGGCUCAGUCUCCCGAUGAGGCAGCCCUGGUCGCCACUGCGCGCGAUGUCGGUCUCACAUUUGUGGGCCGUGAAGAAGAUCGCCUAGUGCUCAACGUACUCGGUGAGGAGCGUAGAUAUCAGGUUCUCAACACACUCGAGUUCAACUCGACGAGGAAGCGAAUGAGUGCAAUCAUCAGAAUGCCAGACGGCAAGAUCAUGCUCUUCUGCAAAGGAGCCGACAGCAUGAUCUAUUCCAGACUUAUUCCCGAUGAGCAGAAACAACUUCGCGCCACCACUGGCGAACACCUUGAGAUGUUCGCCAGGGAAGGACUCCGAACACUCUGCAUUGCCCAAAGAGAGAUUUCGGAAGAGGAAUAUACAGAGUGGAGCAGGGAUUACGACAUGGCCGCCAAUGCAGUUGUUGGCCGCGAAGACAAACUGGAGGAAGUUUCCGAUCGCAUCGAGAACCAAUUGUGGUUGAUCGGAGGAACCGCUAUUGAGGAUCGACUGCAAGACGGCGUGCCAGAGUCGAUCUCCUUGCUCGCUCAAGCAGGUAUCAAGCUCUGGGUCCUAACAGGUGACAAGGUGGAGACUGCCAUCAACAUUGGUUUCUCUUGCAACUUGCUUGACAAUGACAUGGAUCUCAUCAUUCUGAAAACGACAGAUGACAACGUGGCUUCUGUAGAGUCUCAGCUUGACGAGAAGCUAGCAAUCUUUGGUUUGACCGGCUCGGAAGAGGAACUGGACGCUGCCCAAGACGAUCACGAACCGCCUGCACCCACACACGCUCUUAUCAUUGACGGAGAUACUCUUAAGCUGGCCUUGGACGAAACCGUGAAGAGGAAGUUCCUGUUGCUCUGCAGAAAGUGCCGGUCCGUGCUGUGCUGCAGAGUCAGUCCAAGUCAGAAGGCCGCUGUUGUGAACAUGGUCAAGACCGGAUUGGACUGUCUUACCCUUGCCAUUGGAGAUGGUGCCAACGAUGUCGCUAUGAUCCAGGAGGCGCACGUUGGUGUUGGUAUCGCUGGUGUCGAAGGACGAGCAGCCGUCAUGUCUUCAGAUUACGCCAUUGGCCAAUUCCGCUUCCUCACACGGCUCUUGCUCGUGCACGGCCGAUGGUCAUACCGCAGACUGGCAGAGACUAUUGCCAAUUUCUUCUACAAGAACAUCGUAUGGACGUUUUCGCUCUUCUGGUACCAGAUUUACACCAAUUUUGACAGCCAGUACAUCUUCGACUACACAUACAUCAUCUUCUUCAACUUGGCUUUCACUUCGCUUCCAGUCAUCGUGAUGGGUGUCUUGGAUCAGGACGUUGAUGACCGCGUAUCCCUGGCUGUCCCGCAACUAUAUCGACGUGGUAUUGAGCGGAAGGAGUGGUCCCAGCCCAAGUUCUGGGCUUACAUGGUUGAUGGUAUUUACCAAUCUGCCGUUGCCUUCUUCUUCGUCUUUGAAGUUUUUGCCCCUGGUACAUUUGCAACCUCCAGUGGUCUUGAUCUUGCCGAGUACCGCCGCAUGGGUAUUUAUGCAGCUACCGCAGCUGUCUGUGCUGCGAAUAUCUAUGUGCUUUACAACACCUACCGAUGGGAUUGGCUAAUGGUACUUAUUGUCGUAAUCAGUACCCUCUUUGUCUGGUUCUGGACUGGAAUCUACACUUCAUUCACAUCCAGCGCUCAGUUCUACAAGGCCGGUUCCCAGGUGUACGGCUCCUUGAACUUCUGGGCAUAUCUGUUAUGUGCCACAAUCGCUUGUUUGCUACCCCGGUUCAUCUUCAAGGUUGCACAAAAGAUGUACUUCCCAAUGGACGCCGACAUCAUCCGGGAGCAAGUCAAGCUAGGACACUUUGAUUAUCUACGCCAAACCGAAGCAUACCUCCCGCCCCUGCCCGAGCAGGUACCAACUGCUUCCAACAACAACUCAGAGGCCGACGCGUCCAAGUACAAGGCCGCUAACGCCGAGGAUACCGACGAAGACGUACGGCCUAUCUACCCACCUUCAGUCGCUCCAACCGCAACAACACACAAUCCACGAAGUCAGAACGGUAGCGGCAGCACUGACUUCACAUACCGCCGCUCUACAGAAGGCAUCCCGCCCACUGCACCGCGCAUGUCAUCCGAUUGCCGCAUACGACCAAGCUUCGAUCGGUCACGCAUGUCCAUGGACCGUGUCCGACCCAGUUUCGAAGCCAGUAACGACUUCACCUCUGCUGCCAUGCUCACACGCAUGGAGUCGGCACACAGCCGCAAUAGCUUCCAGGGCGCACCGCCCAACACACAACCAGCCGUCAUGAGUCGGCUACGCAACGCCAUUCGGCGAGCAACAAUAACGAGGGAAGAAGGGCCCCCGGAUCUCUCGGAUACGCCGCCCAUGCCCACUUCACCGAAACCACCCAGUCCACCGGGGAGUCCGAAGAGUACGCCAAAUCCGCCCUCAUAG